AUGUUUAGAAAGUGGACAAAUCUCAGUUACAGAGGUCAGAUCACUCCCAGCAUGACUAAUUUCCCUGGUAGUUGGCUUCACAGAGCUCCCAAGAUACUGAGAAAUGGUUUGGCAGCUAGGGGCCUUGCUACCGUUGCUGAGGAGUCUGCAAAUGUUGGAGGAAAGCGUUCCCCUGUCAAAGUGAGUGACAAGAUUUUACAGUGGUCCAGAGAAGCUGUAGCGCAAGGUAAGCCACAUUUCAAAGUGGGUGAAACGGAACACUAUUUUCCCAAAGCAAGAUUGAUUCUGCUAAGACCUAAUGCUAAGCAUACACCGUUCCAGGCGAAAUUCAUUGUUCCCAAAUCCUUUAACAAACUUGAUCUUCGAGACUAUCUGUUUCACGUCUACGGCCUAAGAGCCAUGAAUAUCACAACACAACUUUUGCACGGGAAAUACACUCGUGUGAAUCAAGUAAUGCCUCGCUACAGAGCGCCGCAAAUUAAAAAGAUGACAAUCGACAUGGCCGAGCCAUUUAUAUGGCCCAAAGAACCUGAAAAUAAGGAUGACUGGGGAGCCACCUUGGUAGAGGAUUUAGCAAAGUACCGUGAAGAGCAAACCAGGAUUGGUUCCGAUAAAUUUAAGCCUGGCACCGCCUUCGACGGCGCCUUGGGUCCCUACCAACCAGCUCCCCAACCUUUUGUUCCCAAGUUUUUGGAAAGAAGAAUAGUUAACCAAAGGAAGAGGGCGCAACUGAAAGCCUCUCAACUGGAAAAGAAACUGAAAGUGGAUUCUCUGGUGCACAAAAUGAACGAGGCAUAA